ACAGCUUCAAUGGAAGCAGUUGUUAGGCUUAUGAAGAAGCCAAGUAACAUAAGAAAUAUGUCAGUGAUUGCACACGUAGAUCACGGUAAGAGUACUUUGACCGAUACUUUAGUUGUAAAGGCAGGAUCCCUAUCUGCAGAGAAGUCUGGAUCCAGAUUCACAGAUACAAGACAGGAUGAACAGGAAAGGGGCAUCACAAUUAAGUCCACUGCCAUAUCAAUGCAGUUUAAGCUUAAGAAACUGUCAUUCGACACCUUCAUGAAGGAGAAGACAGAUGAGAACCACUUCUUAAUCAACUUAAUUGACUCACCAGGGCACGUAGACUUCAGUUCUGAAGUGACUGCUGCUCUUAGGGUGACUGACGGUGCCUUGGUCGUUGUGGACUGCAUUGAAGGAAUUUGUGUACAGACAGAGACUGUGCUAAGACAGGCCAUAAUUGAGAAGAUCAAGCCAGUGCUGUGCCUUAACAAGAUCGACCGUGCCCUGCUUGAGCUUAGAGAGGCCCCUUCUGAGUUUGCUAAGUCGCUCAGGAAUACCGUUGAGAGCUUCAAUGCCACCAUGUCAAAGUUCCUUAUGGAUGAGGACAAGUCCUCUAAUAUUAGGCAGUUGAACCCAGCGGACUUAGAAGUCUCUUUCUGCUCUGGCUUACAGGGAUGGGGGUUCACCCUCAGACAGUUUGCUGAGUUCUACGCUGAGAAGUUCAACAUGCAGGACAAGCCGGAUAUGAUCGAUGCUUUCCAGAAGUGUCUAUGGAAGAUUGACCGGUACUGUACGUCUGCUGACCCAUUCGAUGCAGACUGCAAGAUCCUUAAGAAGAAGAAGAACGGACCAGAAGUGAACCCUGAGCUGCACCCAUUCGUGGUGUUUGUGCUUACGCCGAUAUACGCCGUAAGGGACUUGUGCUUCGCUGGGAAGAAGGCGGAGAUCAAGGAGUACUUGAAGAGGUUCAACAUCAGCUUCGGCAGCAAAGAGUUGGAGGAGAUCACUUCUGAGAAGGCCCUGUUUAAGCACGUCAUGAGGAAGUGGCUGCCUGCAGCGGACUGCCUCCUGGAGCAGAUUGUCGUGAACCUGCCCUCGCCAAAUGAGAGUCAGGUGUACAGGGCAGAGUCUCUCUACGAGGGACCAAAGGACGACGAGUUCUGCCAGGCCAUUAAAAAGACUGCCCGGGAGGAGGACUCCCCCGUGAUGAUGUACGUCUCUAAAAUGAUCCCACAGGGGUCCGGGCGGUUCAUUGCAUUCGGACGAGUGUUCUCCGGGGUGAUCCGGGCAGGUAUGCCGCUGUACGUACAGGGCCCAGAUUACGAGCCUGGAAAGGGCAAGGAGCUUAAGGCUAAGGUCGUAACAAAGGUGCUCCUUAUGAUGGGAAGGACCGUUGAGGAGGUGAACUCCUGCCCGGCCGGUAAUAUCGUGGGUAUCCUUGGAGUAGACUCGGAAAUCCAGAAGACCGCCACACUCUCCAGCAUGAAGGGCUCCUUCAACAUCAAGACCAUGAAGUUUACCGUGUCCCCCGUGGUGAGGUACUCCAUCUCCCCGAAGAACACGAGUGACUUGCCUAAGCUCAAGGAAGGACUCCUGAAACUCGCCCAGGUUGACUCGCUCUGCCAGGUGCAGUACAUGAAGUCGGGUGAGAUCGUCAUUGCAGGGGCCGGUGAGAUGCACGUGGAAAUAUGCAUUAACGACCUGGAGAAGGACCAUGCGAAGGUGCCCAUUAUUAGAGGGGAGCCACAGGUCUCGUACUUUGAGAGUAUAUCUACACCGGUCACGACGAUCGCCAUGUCUAAGAGUGCGAACAAGCACAAUAAGGUGUACAUGGUGAUAGAGCCACUUGCUGAGGAGAUUGUCGCUGCGAUUAAGGACGGCGAGCUUAUUGCGAAUGAUCCAAAGGCACGUGUGGAGCUGUUCAGGACUAAGUUUGGGAGUGCGGAUGAGUGGGUGAAGCGGGUCCUCUGCUACUCGCCCGAUGAUGUCGGUCCGAACAUGAUUGUUGACUCCUCUAAGGGUGUCCAGAACCUGCACGAGGUGAAGGAGUUCCUGAAGAUGGGCCUGGAUGCGGCUGUUAAGGAGGGACCGGUCAUUGGAGAGCCCCUCCAGGGACUGCGUCUGGACCUCAUGGACUUAACACUCCACGCAGAUGCGAUCCACAGGGGUGCGGGACAGCUCAUCCCCACAAUGAGCAGGCUGGCUGUUGGCCUUGUGCUCGCUGCCACCCCGAUCCUGUACGAGCCCAUCUUCCUGGCGGAGAUAUCCCUGCAGGACAGCAUGAUCGAUGCAGCGAUGCAGGUGGUCAAGGGAAGACGGGGGGAGAUCGUGGAUGCAAUCUACAACAACCAUAAGUCGGUGCUUAAGGCGUAAUCCCCGUCCAGCGGUCGUUCAACCUGAACAAGGAGCUCAUGGAGUGCACGGGCGGUGGUGCGAGCAUUAACUUGGUCCUGUCCCACUACUCGAUCGUACCGGGCUCUCUUGAGAAGGAGGGCACCCCCAUGUUUGACAUUGUCAAGCAGAUCAGGACCAAGCGGGGCCUUGGCGAGCUGAAGGACCCUUCUGAAUACUUCUGCAAGGAGUGAUUGCGCACUCUGCAAGGAAUAAAG